AUGGCUCAUGGGCGUUCACAACGUGAGACUGAUGGUGAUGUUAACUCUAAGACUGAUGGGGAUAUUAACAGUGAGACUGAUGGUGAUAUUAACAUUGAGACUGAUGGGGAUAUUAACAUUGAGACUAAUGGUGAUGUUAACAGUGAGACUGAUGGUGAUGUUAACUCUAAGACUGAUGGGGAUAUUAACAGUGAGACUGAUGGUGAUAUUAACAUUGAGACUGAUGGGGAUAUUAACAUUGAGACUAAUGGUGAUAUUAACAGUGAGACUGAAGGUGAUGUUAACUCUAAGACUGAUGGGGAUAUUAACAGUGAGACUGAUGGUGAUAUUAACAUUGAGACUGAUGGGGAUAUUAACAUUGAGACUAAUGGUGAUAUUAACAGUGAGACUGAAGGUGAUGUUAACUCUAAGACUGAUGGCGAUAUUAACAGUGAGACUGAUGGUGAUAUUAACAAUGAGACUGAUGGUGAUGUUAACUGUAAGACUGGUGGGGAAAUUACAACUGAUGGUGAUGUUAACAGUGAGACUGAUGGGGAUAUUAACAGUGAGACUGAUGGUGAUAUUAACAGUGAGAUUGAUAGUGAUGUUAACAGUGAGACUGAUGGGGAUAUUUACAGUGACACUGAUGGUGAUGUUAACAGCGAGACUGAUGGUGAUGUUAACAAUGAGACUGAUGGGGAUAUUGACAGUGAGACUGAUGGUGAUAUUAACAGUGAGACUGACGGUGAUGUUAACAGUGAGACUGAUGGUGAUAUUAACAGUGAGACUGAUGGUGAUGUUAACAAUGAGAUUGAUGGGGAUAUUAACAGUGAGACUGAUUGUGAUAUUUACAGUGAGACUGACGGUGAUGUUAACAGUUAG